CAAAAUAUCUACAUAUAGAGCAGCUCGCUGGUUAUUUACCAUUAGCAAUUGUGUAGUGUCGUCUGACAGCCGACUUAUUCGGACGUGAUUAAGCGUGCUCUUAGUAUUCAACAAACUUCGAUAAGUCAUGGCUCGUGGACAACAAAAAAUCCAGUCUCAACAGAAAGCUAAUGAGAAAGCUGCAAAAGCCAAGAAGCAACAGGGCCAUAGCGCUAGUGAUCAGAAAAAAGCUGCCAUGGCUGCCCUAGUGCAUGUUUGUGCCGUUUGCAAGUCUCAAAUGCCAGAUCCCAAAACAUACAAGCAGCAUUUUGAAAACAAGCAUCCGAAAAACCCCUUGCCUGCUGAUCUACAAGAUGUUGUGGCCUAAACCUGACCGAAGCUGGCAUAUUGCAAGAUAGGAGAUUCCAAAACAAAAAACUCCUAAUUUCAUUCAUCUUUCAAUCCAUACUUUUCACAUAUAAUUAGGGUGUGGGAGGAGCUGCCAUUCUAUACCUCUUGCGUGCCAUUUACGACAACGGCAUGAGAAUAAACCCUUUAAAUACUAUGCACACGACCAAUAUCAUUUUUACAAGUAACUUUUUUAUCUGCAGCUCCAUACCUGGUGUUUUCCAUUUUCAUAAGAAAAGAAACGAAAAAAACAAUUCAUUUUCAGUAUGUGGUCGUGUUUUGUUUUUCAUACAAAUAAACGGCUGAUUUCAUA